CGAGAAAAGAAAAAGUUUCACAUUCGUCGUGAAGAUGUCUUUAAUCUCGCGUUUAACUAAAUCUUCCAAACCGAUGUACGUUCGUUGCAAAGCGACUCUGGCGCAAUCUCGACGAAUUCCCAAUGUUUUGUUGAACAAUGGAAUAGAAAUUCCGAAUCUCGGCCUUGGGACUUGGCAGGCUGAACCUGGUGAGGUUGAGAAUGCUGUUAAAAUUGCCAUCGAUUUGGGGUACAGACAUUUGGAUUGCGCUAUGGUUUACGGCAACGAAAACGAAAUCGGAAACGCGAUCAGAGAGAAGAUCGAUGAUGGAACUGUUCGCCGGAAGGAUCUGUUCGUCGUCACGAAACUGUGGAACACGUUCCACGAGCUCGAAAAAGUCGUGCCGGCUUGCGAAGAGUCCCUGAAGAAUUUCGGCCUCGACUAUCUGGACAUGUACCUGAUGCAUUGGCCCGUCGCGCAGAAAGUCUUCGGCGACAUCACCAGCAAUCUGCCGUUCAAGAAUGCGGUUGGAAUCGAUUACGAUUAUUUGGAUACGUGGCGUGGAUUGGAGGAAUGCCAGCGUUUGGGUCUGACCAGGAGUGUAGGCGUGUCCAAUUUCAACAGCAAGCAAUUGGAUAGGUUGCUGCUGGCGUGCAGCAUCAAACCAGUGAUGAAUCAGAUUGAGGUGCAUCCGAAUUUGAAUCAGAAAAAGUUGAUUAAAUUCUGCAGGGAUCGCGAUGUCGCUGUCACCGCCUACAGCCCGUUCGGAUCGCCGAGCCGACCGUGGGCGAAACCGGACGAUCCAGUUCUCUCGCUCGACGAUCCCAAGUUGAUAGCGAUCGGUGAAAAGUACGGAAAAUCUCCGGCUCAAAUUGUGCUGAGAUACAUCGUCGAGUUGGGUGCUAUACCAAUACCGAAAUCAACGAAUGAAAAAAGGAUUUACGCUAAUUCAAGCAUCUUCGAUUUUGAGCUAUCGCCCGACGAUUUGGAGGUGCUCGACUCGUUCAAUUGCGACGGUCGUGCGGUUCCGGCUUUGGAAUUGAAAGGAUGUCCGCACUACCCCUUCGAAGGAGUUGAAUUUUAAUCAAUAAGGCAAAAAUGAAAUUGAAUGUAUGUAUUGUUGUCUUAAGUUUAAUAUUUAUAUACAAACAAAA